AGACGCCAUUACAGGUUGUGAGAUCUCUGCUGGAAAACUCACAUUUGGACAAUUUCGAGACGUCAAAGGGAGAUAUUUUAACUUGGUGAGUCUUGCUUUUGAGAGACAUCUUAGUUACUGAGACAAAUGGCUGAGAAAAGUUCUGUUCUUGAAAGUUUCCUGAGCUGCCAUGUGUGUUCAGAGACUUUCAGAGAUCCUGUGUCUCUGAGCUGCAACCACAACUUCUGUUCAAGCUGCCUGAAACAAUUCUGGGAACAAACUAACAACAAAAACUGUCCCAUUUGUAAAAGAAGAUCCUCAAAGGAUCAUUUAGACGUGAACUUUGGACUGAAGGAACUGGCUGACUCUUUUGCCGAGACACAGAAAACUGGAUCAUCUGAGACAGAAAAAGAAACGAAGAAAGAGGAGCAUCAAGAGCAUCAAGAAGAGACUAAAUUGUUCUGUAAGGAUGAAGACAGAGCUGUCUGUCCCGUCUGUGAGUUUUCUCUCCACCAGAGUCACAAGGUGGUUCCUGUAGAACAAGCACUCAGUGAGCUGAAGGACGAGCUGAAAUCUGACUUAAAGUCUCUGCAGGACAAGAGGGACAAAUAUGAAAAAGUGCAGGAGACAUACAGAGAAGUGAGUCAACACUCCAAGAAGCAGCUGUUGUCCACAGAGAGACAGAUCAGAGCAGAGUUCAACAAGCUCCACCAGCUCCUGAAAGAGGAAGAGGAGUCCAGACUGGCAGCUCUGAAGGAGGAAGAGGAGCAGAAGAGGAGGACUCUGAGCAGAGAGAUGAGGAUGAUUGAGGAGCAGAUCUCCUCUCUGUCAGACAGUAUCUGUGCUGUUGAAGAAGAGCUGCAGAAACACAAGGUAGCGUUCCUCAGCAGUUAUAAAGACACUCAGAGCAGAGCC